UAAUUGUUUUCUUCAUUCAGGUUGAUGGAAAACUACACCUACAACAGCUUCACACUCCAGUUGGAGGGGUUAAAUGUUUCCAAGGAGUCUCUCUACCCUGUCUUUCUCUUCUUCCUUUUCUCCUACCUCUUUAUAAUGGUUGCGAAUGUGGGCAUUGCUGUUCUGGUUUUCAUUGACAAGAGCCUCCACCAGCCUAUGUAUCUUCUUUUUUGCAACCUGCCCAUUAAUGAUAUUCUUGGAAACUCUAUCAUGGUUCCCCGUUUGCUUGUAGACAUGUUGCGGCCUCCAUCUGAGCGUCUCAUCAGUUAUUAUGAAUGUGUGGUUCAAGCUUUCACCUCACACAUGUUUGGUACCACCAGUCUCACAGUGCUCAUGAUUAUGGCCUUUGACAGAUAUGUGGCCAUUUGCAAUCCCCUGCGCUAUGCUUCCAUAAUGACCAACAAAAUGGUGAUCUGGCUGACAGUUUCUGCCUGGGGAGUGGCCUUUGUUUUGGUCGGGAUUCUACUUGGUCUGACUGUACGGCUGAACCGAUGCAGGACUAUGAUCAUGAAUCCUUACUGUGACAAUGCCUCACUUUUUAUGCUCUCCUGUGAGAAUGUGUUCAUUAAUAAUGUCUAUGGCCUCACUUUCACUGUAGUCCUGUUCACAGGUUCUAUAGGCAGCAUGGUUCUCACCUAUACUAAGAUUACAGUGGUCUGUCUGACCAGUAACAACAAGUCUUUAAACAGUAAAGCCUUGAAGACCUGCAGCACUCAUUUGGUUGUUUAUCUGAUCAUGGUGUUUAGUGGAAUGUCACUCAUUGCUCUGCAUCGCUUCCCCCAGUACUCAGAUUUCAGAAAACUCUGCAGCAUUUUGUUUCAUAUCAUCCCUGGCAGCCUCAACCCCAUUAUUUAUGGUGUGCAGUCAAAAGAGAUACGCAAAUUCUUGUCAAAGUUGUUUGAGCCCAAGAAAAUUUCCUCAUCAUAA